CUGCAGAACCGCUACUGCUUCUCCACCGAGACAGCAGUUGUGGCGCGUUAGCAGCACCACCACCACCAGAGACAGUGUUGUGUUCCAUACGCAACUCCGCAGCGAGUAAAAUUAGCAAACCACCGUGAUGUCAAAAGCGAAAUGCUACCUUUUAAUUUGAGUAGAUAACAGUAACAAAACAGGACUGUUGAAAGUUUAUGGAGUGACACUGACAACAUUUACUAAGGCUUGAAGCCACACGUGGAGCAGUCGUUAAGGAAUUGUGAGCAGAACAGACAGCCUUCCCUGCCCUUCUUGUCCACCACUCACCGACAUGAGUGCCAAGUUAGCCAUCAACAAGGAGGUGUUCACGCCUCACGAUGAGAAGAUGCUCGCUGCCGUCCAGGUGAGGAGGAGGACCAAGAAGAAGAUCCCAUUCCUGGCCACUGGAGGACAGGGGGACUACAUGACCUUCAUCUGCCUCUCAGUAACAAAUAAGAAGCCAACGCAUGUGUCCAUCACGAAGGUGAAGCAGUUCCAAGGCUCGUCAGCGUUUGUGAAGAGAUCACAGUGGACCAUCGAUCAGCUGCAACAGAUCAACGGCAUCGACCCCAACAAAGACUGUCCAGAGUUUGACCUCAUGUUCGACAAUGCCUUCGACCAGUGGGUAGCCGGCUCUGCUGGAGAGAAGUGCACCUUCGUCCAGGUCCUCCACCAUACCUGCCAGCGCUAUAGCUCCCAGAGGAAGCCCGAGUUUGUCAACUGCCAGUCCAAACUACUGGGGGCCGAAGAGCAGCCCUCAAAUUCAGUUAUUUUCAGAUGCAAGGUCUUUUUAAACAGAAUGAGGAAAGAGAUGGUUACAAGCCAAGCUCAUCUACUGAGAAGAGGUAACAGUAUACUCCACACUGCGGCAGGCAGCGUGACCAGCGCUGUGCAGAAGGCCAGCCAGGCUCUCAACGAGCGCGGCGAGAGGUUGGGCCGAGCAGAGGAGACGACCGGUGAGAUGAAGAAUAGUGCCGAGCAGUUCUCAGUCACGGCUCACAAGCUGGCCAUGAAGCACAAGUGUUAGACCUCUGGCCAAACCUUCUUGGGAGGGACAGCCUAUCGCCAGGCGACACAUGGGACGGAUCUCGCAUUUGAUUCUUUUUACAAUUUUUAAUAUGAUUACUUUUGUUAACACUUUAAUUUGAUGGGGUGUCCUUAAUGAUGAUGCGAUGGUGCCUAUGAGCAGGGAGGAAGAGAGAGAGAGAGGCUGUCGAGAUGAUCGGUUACCGCUCUACCUCCCUCUGUUGGUGGAAAAGUACUGUGCUCACUUCCUGACCCACCAGACACACACACACACAGAGACACAUUUAAGCACCACUCAAAGACACACCUUCCAGGUCUCUAGUUGAACUGUCACACUGAAAAGAAGAAACUCAGAAACACUAUCUGAAGAGAUUGGUGUUCCCUGUGGCGGCAUGGAUGAAGGAUAACAAUGAUUCCACUUUCUGAUGUCUCCUUUCAUCUCUUAAAAUAAGACGUUGAGUGAAAUUAUACUGAAUAUAUGCGGUCAAUUUAUCAACGUAUUCUUUUCCCCAAACAAAACCAAACCCACUCUGUCUACAAAAAGCAUUUAGAUUAACGCUGGUACAUUUCAGAAGUUACAUAUUUAGAGACCUUGUUUUGGCUCAAAAGAUUCAACAUGUAUGUUGUUAAGUAAGACAUGUAGUUCAGUACCACUGUGCAUAUCAGCUUCUGCUGUUGUAAAAAGCCUACAUGUGUAACUCUAUACUACCGCUAUUAUUAAUGUCAACGUCAGUGAUUUAAACCACCCAAUCGACUCAACACUUUGAUCCACAGUCACAACUUGUGUAUUUGAUUGCUUGUUUUACCCUAAAAGUAUUUUUUCUGGUGAUAUAUUCUGGUGAUAUAGGAAACAUUAGGUUGAUCAACAACAUGCGUCUCUGAAAGCAGCUUUGUGAUGUAGUUCUGUUGUCACCUGCGCUCUCACAAUGGCUGUGUAACUGUGGCUUCCUAACUAGUGAGACAGAAAUGCGCGCACACACACACACACGCCACCCUCACACCCAUGGACAUGUUGAGAUUCUUACCAUUUAUAUUUGGAUUUAAUAUAUUUGAUGUUGCACUGACGACUUGACCUUACAGAGCACUGCUAAGUCCUCUCCUCCCCUCAAAGUUCCAGUUGCCUCAACUGCUAAUCUGCUUCAGCCAUACACCUAACAGUUUGGAUGUUCAUAGUUUUUUUAAUAAAGGAAGAAAUAUUGAAACGCAAUUUCUGUUAUGUUGCAUUAUGUCUGUUUGACAAGUUCAAACCUUUAUAUUGUGUUAUUGUCUCGUUGGAUGUCGUCAUUGAAUUUUGAAGUAGUAUGUUUUAACCAUGGCACAGUAUUUGAGUGUGUGAUUUUUAACAUCUACUAUCACCACUAAUAGCAAUGCCAGAAUGUACAAUUUUGGCUUCUCCUACCAGUUGUGCAGUGAUUAUGGGUCAGUGCCUUUUUUAAACCCCGUAUGUCACCAUCGCAGCCAUCUUGUCUGUCUCUGUACAUGUUUUAAUUUGUAUAUUUCCCUCGGUAACACUGUGGUUGGUAACCAAAGCGUGAAGGCUGAGUAAGUUGUCUGUCAGGUUAAUGUGGGAGAGAUGUGGGUUAUUGUGGGCUGGGUUUAACAAAUGUUGUCAUGGAGACACACCUGCAGUAUGUUUGAAGUGUUUUAUAAAGAAGAAAGCUGUGCAACGUUUGAAAUGGAUGGGAAACUGUUGUAGUAAGGGGGAAAGACCACAAUCAUAGGUUUACUGUAAUCUGCAAAUAUGUUGAAUGUUCAUAACACUUCAAGCCAUCAUGUGUACUGUCUGUCGUUUUGUCUUUUUACAUUUGAUGAGGACUAUGACAUUUCACCACCCGUAAAUGUACAUAAUGAAAAACAUUUCAACGUCAUAAAACGUUUGUAUUUUGAGUUCUGUUUGGUGUUGUACAUACAGUAGACGAUUGUACUAUUUAACUCGAAUAAACACCUACUUCUCCCUCUGUG